AUGUUUCGAAUGUUUGAUCCUAUGUAUUAGUCAAUGAACUAGAUCCUAGAGGAAAAUGGUAAUAUCUUAUGGUUGGGAGAUUGCACUGCUGCAUAUGAUAGAAGUUUGUUAGAUGCAAGAGGAAUUAAGACAGUUUUAACAGUAGCUGCAGGAUUAAAUGUUUCUUAUCCUGAAGGUGGAAUAGUACACAAAGUAUAUUAGAUAUAUAUAAAUACAAGGUUUAUCAUAUAUUGGAUAUUGAAUCAGCUAAUAUUGCUAGACUUUUUGGGGAUACUUGUAAUCAAAUUGGAGAAGGUUUAAAACGAGGAGGUGUAUUAGUCCAUUGUGCAGCAGGAGUGUCAAGAUCAGCUUCAGCAGUGAUAGCAUAUAUAAUGAAGACUAAAGGGUUGAGUUUUUAAGAAACAUUCAAUUAUGUAAGAAAGCGAAGAAGUGUAGUAUUUCCAAAUUAUGGAUUUCAAAGAUAAUUAAGAAACUAUGAGAAAGAUCUCAAAACAAUAAAAGUGAAAGAACCUUAAGGAAUAGAGAUGCCAAUAAAAUAGACAUAAAAAAAGCCUUAAGAAAUUGCAAUGGAUAAGCAUGAGUAAUUCAGUAUUUAGUAUUUGGAAUAGAAAGCAAAGCUCCUCUUAAAACCUGUGUCAGGUAAUCCAACAUUUAAUAGUGGUUAUUCAACACCAUAAAAAUAGUUCUAAAAGUAGAGAAUGUUGUAUCAAUCAGCAAAGGUUGGAAGUCAAGAGCCAAAGUAAAGUCCAAUAACAUAGAAUUCUACUAGAGCUAAUUCUUAAAUGAAAAGAAAUAUCUUUGAGCCUUCAUUCAAUUAAACAUAUUAAGGUCCUCAGAUAGUGACUUACUAAAAAAAUAAACUUAUAGAGAAGAUGCCAGAUAUUAAGAAAAAGACAUUUUAUAAAUGA